GGUUCCAGCAGGAGGCGUCUCUCGUGUCGUCUGGUCUGUGGUCUGCGUCUGGCUAACCAUAGUAGAACCAAAGAUUCUCUAUUCUAUUCUGCAUUUAAACCGUCUCUGGUAGAACCUCUGCUGUGGUUGUGCAGCGUGUCAGAGUGCGUCUCAGAGUUUUGACACCAAUGAGCUUCCGUAGUCACAAGGCAAGAGCCAGAGAUGUCUGUCACCACACUCUUGCUUGUUGACAAUUUAUCCGCGAAUGCAACGUUGAGCAUGUUACCUCGUAAGUCUGAUUUGUAGAAAGAAAUAUAACCAGAGAGCUACCCUGCAGCCGGUUAACAGAACCAAUAAGCUCCCUUGGUAGGCCUACAGGAGCCAGUAGGUCACCAUGCUGCGGUGGAUCCUAGGUGGACGCGAAGCACAAGGUGUUGUGGAGAAGAGCUCUAUUCAGUUCAGUGGGGAGGAACAGCCCCAGAACUGCUACACGGAACUGCAGGUCCUCAAAGGGCACUUUGACAUCGUGAGAUAUCUGGUUCAAAUAGAUGAUGUCAGAUUUGCAUCUGCUGGAGAUGACGGCCUGGUGUUGGUCUGGAACGUGGAGUCUGGAGAGCGUCUGCAUGAGUUGCGUGGCCACACUCAGCAGAUCACAGCGCUGGUGGUCUACACCAUCACCCAGAAGAACCUGGUACACACCUUCCUCAUCUCUGCCUCCUCCGACCGAUCCGUCACCCUUUGGGACCCAGACUCUGGACACAGAGUUCAGGCAGUCUCAGACCUGCAGUCUUCAGUAAAGUGUAUUCUAGUGCUCAGCUUGAAUUCCUAUUGGCUGUCGGGGGGAAAUGACCUGUGCGUUUGGAACAGAAGUUUCCAGUUGCUGGGCAAGGUCGAGCAAGACAGCGACACGGGGGUCACGGCCAUGGUGGAGCUGCUUAGGAACCAUGUAGCAGUGGCAGUGGACAGAAGGAUAAUCAUUUAUGAGCUGAAGUUUUCUUCGGUGGAUUCCAGUGUGUCCAUCAUCGCCGUCCGAAACCUGGCCAACCAUCAGGACACCAUCCGAUCCCUUAUUAAUGUCAACGAUAAACAGUUUGCCAGCGGCUGCCACGCCGGUGAGCUCAUCAUCUGGGACUCUGCUGAUUGGACGAUUUAUGCGGACGAGCAGAUCGGAUUGGCUCCCGAGCCGCAGUACGACGGUCAGAUUGAGGUCAGGCUGGCCCAGCCCAAGCAGAACGAGAUGGCCAUCCAACACCUGGCCUCCAACGGAGAGCUGGUGGUUGCCACGGUGGGCAGCGGUCUCUACGUGUACCACGUCCCCAGGAAGUACCUGGUGUCCCACAGGAAGACGGCCCACGACUCCGACAUACUCCACCUGGAGCUGCUCAACGAGAGUGAGCUGAUCUCCUGCUCAGAGGACGGCAGUGUGAAGAUCUGGGAGCUGCAGGACCUGCCCCUGCCCGCAGAGCCCACCUCCGCAGGUUUCUUUGGCAUGUGGUCGUUUGGGCGCUCCUCCACUAAGCAGGGCUCUCCUCCCAAGAAGGCCACCGAGCUGCUGGGACUCAAGAGCCUGGAGCUGAUGGGGGACCUCAUAGGACACUCUGGAGCUGUACAGGUGUUCCUGAACUUCAGCCAAAGUGGGCUGGUGACGUGCUCCACAGACCACCUGGUGAUCGUGUGGCGUGACGGCGAUCGGCAGUCUCACCUGCGCAGCAUCAUGCUCUUCGAGAAACUGGAGGAGAACGAGGGGCUAUAGCAGUAGCACACACUCAGCUGAAGGAGAGGAUGGUGCACAUCAUCCCAGGACAAGGUGCAGGACAAAGGCUGACUGUAGCUCUCGAAGUGAGAGAUCCACACACUUAAAAUCCUUUUUGUUGUCUUUUAUUAUUUCACACUCAAGUCAGACAGACACGGGUAUCAUGGUCUGCACACAUUACAUUACAUUACACUUAGCUGACACUUUUGUCCAAAGUGACUAACAGUUAUUUUCCCUGGAACCUUGCUCAAGGGCUCUUCAGCCACACCGCGAGAUAGAAAGUGGAAGGGUGGGAUUCGGACCUACAACCCUCUGAUUUUUAAAAAGAUUUGUUUUGGUUCUUUUGCCAAUGAUGAGAGUGCAGAGAGACAGGACAGUAGGAGAGAGAGAUGGGGAAGGAUCGGGACAUGACCUCGGGUCGGACUUGAACCCCCGGUACCUGGAUUUGUGUUAUGACGCCUUAGCCCACGGAGCUAUUAUUUUCCCAUCAUUAUUUUCCCACUAGAGCCCAUAUUUAGAUGGGAUGACCCACUGCUGCAUAUUUUAAUGUAUGGAAAGUGGAUUGGCACAUAUUGGUUACAGUCCCUGUAGCAGUGUGGGGGGAAGGUGCCUUGCUCAAGGGCUCUUCAGCCACACAGUGAGAUAGGAAGUGUAAGGGUGGGAUUCGAACCUCUGAUCAGAAACGCAUCUCCUUCGCCAAAGCUGCCCCCAACAUCUCUGCUGUACUUCACUGUGGGUUGUGCAAGGGGACAAAUUAUAUAUUUGUUUUACAUUUUUAAACAGAUUUGUUUUGGUUCCUUUCCCAAUGAUGAUAUUGAAGAGAGACAGGACAGUAGUGGGAGAGAGAGAUGGAGAAGGAUCGGGAGAUGACCUCGGGUUGGACUUGAACCCCCAGUACCCAGAUUUAUGUUAUGGCGCCUUAGCCCCUGGAGCCUUGACACCCCAGUUUUACUUUUUGUUUUAUGUAUUAGUAGUAUUUUGUUUUUAACGAUAUAUUGACUUUGAGAUUUUUGCGUUUUGUGAUGUAACCAUCAUAGCUGAAACAGAUUUUUUAAAAUGAACAAUCAAUUGUUUUAAAAUUGACUGAUUUUUGUAUCGCAAAUUAUGAAUGCAUUAUUGAGUAUAUGUGCUUGGUCUGUUUGUAAAUUAAUGUGAAGUCUGUGAAUGUGAACACUAACCGCAGAAAAACACCUACCGCGACAAGAGUGAGGCAAGCGACGGAAGUAAUUGACUUUGUGUUGAGUCGCGCGACAAAAGCGAUUCUGGAGACUAGAGCGAUUUGCGCGACGAGCGCGACAGUUUAAAGUUGAAAUCCUUUCAACUUUCUAUGACGCGGUUUUGCGACAAGCCGCGACAGCCAAUGACUGUAUAGAGGUCAAUGACCACAGCCAAUGGGAAUGCUUGAAUACUUUGCCUUCUGCCUGUACGGACAUACUCAAGUCUCUCUUCAAUCGCUCGUAUCGCUUGCUGCUGCACUCUGUCGCUUGAAUCACAUCGUGCCUGGUCUAUUUGUGCGGUAAGUGCUGUAUUGCCCAACCCUUACGCUGAGUUGUGCCACUCUGCGCAGGAAGUAUUCUUUCCACGUUAGUAUGUUUAUGCUUGGUGCCAUAGGUUUUUUUUUUUUAAGUUUAAAAAAAAAAAUACUGUUAUUUUAUGUUGAGCACCACACUGUACUGUGGUAUGGUAUGUUUUGCUGUUUCUAACUGUUCAAAUGCCUGUUGUUUUGUCAUCAUUAAAUGUUAUUUAUUGCAGUUUUGUUGCACACUUUUCUGCCUUGCCUGUAGGCUACAUUUUCUUUGGUCACACUUUAAUUGACACCGGAGUCAUAAGCAUGACAUAAUGGUGCCAUAAUAGUGUCACAACACACAGUCAUGAACGAGUCAUAAACAUGAUGUCAAUGUCAAACAUUUUAUGGUCAUGGAAAGUAGACAUUUCUAGAGAUGUCUUUACCAAAACCGAAUGUCACUUAAUGACUAAGUCAUAUAAUGUUAAUGACAUUGACAUAAUGUUUAUGACUCAUGCAUGACUGUUAUGACACUGUUAUGGCACUGCUAUGUCAUACAUAUGAUGUCGGCGUCAAGUUAAGCGUGACCUUUUCUUUUAAUGUCAAUGCCUAUCAUGUUCUGUGACUGUAUGUUGCUGUAUCCAUGGUUACAUUUCAUUGUCUCCUUUUUGGACUGAAUUAAAGUUUUUCCCAUUUCAUCCCCCAAUACAAAAAUG